AUAUUUUAUUACAACGUACACAAAUUAGCUGCACAAUUGGAGGAUAUUGUGUCGGUUAUGUCGCCACACUUUAGCAGCAAACCAGGGACGUAUUAUUCCGAUGCAUUAUUCUUCAUUUCGCUGGGUUUGCAUAGAAUUGCACCCAAUCAUCAGAGACUCGCCAUAAUGUUUGAUGCAGAUACAAAAUUUCGUAGAGAUGUGAAGGAUUUGUUCGAAGAAUUUAAUAAAUUUGGAAAGGAAGCUUUGUUUGGCUUAGCUCCGGAACUUACUCCAGUUUACCGACACGUUUUGUACUUUUAUCGUAAUAAACAUCCGAAGACGAUGUUUGGCGAACCUCGACAUAAAGGUGGAUAUCCCGGUUAUAAUAGUGGGAUGGUGCUCUUUAAUUUGGAAAGAUUGCGGAUGUCGCGUGUAUACAAUAAAAUUGUUAGUAAAGAUAGUGUAGAUGCUAUGACCAAGAAAUAUCACUUCAAGGGUCAUUUAGGCGAUCAAGAUUUUUAUACACUUCUAGGCAUGGAAAGACCAGAACUGAUCCACUUGGUUGAUUGUGGUUGGAACAGGCAACUCUGCACCUGGUGGCGUGAUCGUGGUUAUGCAGAUAUAUUCGCUAACUAUUCUGAAUGCCAUUCAGAAACCAAGUUAUGGCAUGGAAAUUGCAAUACUCCUAUACCUGAUAAUUAAUGAUGCAUUAUUUUUGGUACAGUAAAAAUGUCAGACAUAAGAUAUCUCAUUUUUAGAUUUAAGAAAAAUGGUGCUAAAAACAGUAACAUAAACAUAACAUAAACAUAACAUAAACUAGAAGCAUUAAGAAAUUUUAAACAAAACACAAUUUUUUGGCACUAUUUAAUGAAUUCAUAAGUUUAAUUACUUUAGAAAUAAUGUGUGAUAAAAAAUUAAUCUUUU